AUGACUGUUGAAAAACCAGGAGAAAAAAGUAAGGGAUAUACACAUGCCGCUCAAGCAUCACAUACUCGUUAUCUGCAAAUGCUCAAACAAGAGUUCGAAUCAAAAUUCAAUAGUAAUGAAAAGGGGGUAAACAGAUCGCCAGAUGACUUCGACAUAAUAAAUACUCUCGGAAUGGGUGCAUUCGGGACAGUCUUUUUAGCUCGUGAUAGAUUAUCUUACGAAUACAAUGCUUUAAAAUCAAUUGAGAAAGAGAUAGUUGUGAAAAAGAAAACCAUUAAAUAUAUAAUAACAGAAAAAAAAGUUCUUCAAAGUAUAAAUUUUCCUUUUGUAAUGCAUAUGGAAUUUACGAGUAAAGAUAAUUGCUAUGUUUAUUUUAUUUUACCGUUUGAAUCUGGGGGUGAAUUGUACCAUUUGCUGAAGAAAACAGGAACGUUCGCAGAGGAACUGGUACAAUUUUAUGCUGCUCAGGUGACACUUGCCUUGGAAUAUCUUCACCACUGUAACGUUAUUCAUAGAGAUUUAAAACCUGAAAAUGUAAUGAUCAAUGAAUCUGGCUACAUUAAAUUAACGGAUUUCGGUUUUUGUAAAGUACUGAAAGGCCGAACAUGGACUCUGUGCGGCACGCCUGAGUACUUAGCUCCAGAAAUAAUAUUAUCGAAAGGUUAUUCGUAUAGCGUAGAUUGGUGGGCCCUCGGUGUUUUAAUAUUUGAAAUGAUGACCGGUUACCCUCCGUUUUACAGCCCAGAACCUAUUCAGUUGUAUGAGAAAAUUCUUUCUGGUCAAUUUAAAUGUCCAGGCACAAUGCCAAGAGAAUGCAAGCUAUUAAUUAAACGUCUUCUAGAAGUAGAUCCCAAUAAGCGUUAUGGUUCCCUGAAAUCCGGAGUUUAUGAUAUUAAAAGUCAUGAAUGGUUUUUCGACAUGAAAUGGGACUCAAUUCUACAUAAAAAAGUAACUCCGCCAUAUAUUCCCGUGACGGAUAAGGAUGAUUUAACGAACUUUCCCCAAAUAGAAGUAACAAAUCUUAAGAAAUUACCGGUUUUUCGUGCAUUAGAAUAUCCAGCAGAAGUGCAGAAACAAGAAUUUCAUAGAGAGAGACUUCUUACAGAAAGAUGGAACUUAAUUCGCUUUGUUUCUGGAAGAAGUAAUGCUACGUCAAGUGAUGGUGUCGAAAAAUUGCUGAGUGAUCAUUUAGCUGUAUAUGAGAGAGUUUUAGAAGAAGCUUCAUCAAGCGGUUUGGCAUUGGAAGUGGAGAAUAACUUUCCGCCAUCAGAAGAAAAGUGGAGCAUUCUGCAGGCGGUGUUUUUUUCUUCCACUGUGCUCACCACAAUAGGUUAUGGUAACAUAGUUCCAGAGACGUUCUGGGGCAGACUGUUUUGUAUUGCGUAUGCACUUAUAGGCAUACCACUGACGCUGACGGUUAUUGCUGAUUUGGGCCGUGUUUUCGCUACUGUAGUUUCAAUUAUUGGUAAACAGCUACCGGCACUGCCAAAAUGCUGCUCGCGAGGCUUAGAAGCUAAUCCUGCAGGUCAGAGGUCCUUAUAUGCCCUUGGAGCUGUUGGAUUUCUGUUUGUUUACCUAUCGGCAGGUGCGUGCUUAUUUAAAAUGUGGGAAGAUGACUGGUCUUUCUAUGAUGGAUUCUAUUUUUGUUUCAUAACUAUGACCACAAUUGGAUUUGGAGACUUAGUUCCUAAAAGACCAAAAUAUAUGUUAAUAUGUACGUUGUAUAUAUUAAUUGGGUUGGCACUAACGUCAACUAUAAUCGAACUGGUGAGGCGACAAUAUGCCAGAUCUUGGCAACAGCUGCGUGCACUUUCCGGGCCUUUGGCAGACACACUAAGGCGACUAGGCGACGCUGGUAGGGGAGUCGAUGUAUCUGCCUUACAUAGUGACCUAAGAAAAGUACUUACAGUGGUUACAAUGCCACGGUUAAGCGGUGCUGGUGGAAAUGCUUUAACAGACAAGCGAAGGUUAGAGUUGGAGGCGGCUGUAGAAGCUGUCAUCAGGGACAUCACGGCGCCAGUAACUACACAAAAACCUCCUAUAGUACAGAUUGUAAUUUAUGAAUCUUCAGUGUAA